AUGCAGACACGUGCUCGCUCCGGUGGCACUCGACCACUUCCGACGGUUACGUCGGCUGCGUCAGAGACAGACUCCAUCCGUACCGGAGGCUCCUCUGACUCGAGCUCGCCCUCGUAUGGGCUGCGACGGUCAAACCUGCCGGCUCCGCUCGCACCGGAGGUGCUUUCCAGCUCCCUCCCUGUUUCACAGCGGCUCGACGGCGCCUCGUCGUGCCCAGUGAACCGCGCCGGCAGACUUGCACCGGACGCUCUGCGCAUGCCGGUCCUUUCGCCCACCGCAUCACCGCUAACCGUGCAGGGCCGCAGCCCGCCGCCUCACCAAAGGGAGGCGUAUCAGCGCCGGGUUCAUCCUGGAAGCGGCGACAAAGGUGGCGGUGCGAUGUCGCUGCCGCUCCCAAGCACCCCGACCCAGGCAGGCUCCGCCCCUAUGGACGAAAGUGGUGAUGACAACUGCCGUCGUGGACCCCACAACACUCGAAGCAGUAUGAACAGCGGCAGCAGUAGCAGCAGCAGCCGUCAGGAGACAAGCAGCAACGCCCUGGGCCUCCGCACCAAUGAACCUGCGCCGUCUAUGCCUUCCAUAUCGAGCCGACUGCCGGCGAUGAUGCAGCCAAGCAAGCUGUCGACCUCCGCAACAGCCAGCUCAAAUGUGUCAACUACCAAUCCACCAGCUCAGCAGCAGCCGGCCUCCACAGCGACUAUGCCGACGGUGUCGACAUCAUCAUCCCGGCUGGCGUCGCAACCAGGCGUAUCGCUUCUCACGGUCAGCUCGCCAGCGCGCAGGUGCUGCCUGGUGGCGGAUAGCAGUGACCGCAGUGUUGAGACCACGCCCGUGUCAACAGUGCAGAUACCCUUGCCACCUCGGUCUCUGCCGCAGGCGCCCGCACCAGCGCAGCGUCCGUCGUCCACGGUGAGUGCGACGUCUACGAACAAUAGCGGCACUCGCGGUGCGGUCCGCCAGCGUGAAGCAGAGGCUCGCGCCACUGUUGGAGACGGCAGCACCAGCAAGGAAGCGUACCUGCGCGAUAAUCCGCGGGUGAGGGCGCUCGUGAACAAUAUGUACCAGCAUGUCAUGACCACACAGCCCGAGGAGCCACUUCGGUACCUCGCACAGCUCCGUGCCGGCACAGUGCCGCAGGUGCCAUCUACACACCUCGCGCCGCCGGCCACGCAGCGAGGCGAGGCGAGGCGUUCGCCACUGCAGCAAGCCCGCACAGUGCCGCAGCCACGGCAGCUUUCGAGCAGAACACACGGCAGCAUCCACCCACCAUACUCACACGCAGCGGAGGGGGCUAGCACCUCGAGCGUGUCGGUUUCGUCAGAGCUGCGUCGAGACAGUGGCAGCACGUGCGAUAACGAUGGCGGCCACACAUGGGCAGGGCCAUUGCAGCCAACGCCCCAGCAGCCCGAGAGUGCCGCCUCUCACGGAGGUGACGUUGAGUUCACCGACACCUUUGACAGCGGCGCCGUCAGCAGCGGCGUUGCCAACCGGCCAGCCUCGCUGACAACGCGUAGUGAUGUAGCUGCUGUCGUCCACCCUCUUCGCACUCCGCCAUCAGCACCGACGACGUCGCUGCAACCGCGCGGUGGAAGCAGUGGCGCGAAUGCUGGCGGCCGUGUAAUGCCGCCGUCGAUUGCCGGCACUGUAAUACACACAAAUGCAGGCAGCAACGCCAUCCUCAGCGGUAGCGCGUCGAGCAAGCACGGGUCCCCACAACUCCUGCAGCGUUCCGGGCUCGCUACGAACAGCCUAGCGAACAGUGGCUUUCUCUCUGGUGUCGCCGUCGGCAGCGCUGGUCAUCAGGCCGGGAGCAGCGGUGCCCUGCUGCAGCACGCCAGUGGUAGUGUCAGCGCCUUCCGCUCCAGCGGCAUCGCGGCACCGCACUCGGUGGCCUCUUUUGCUGGCAGCGUGUCGGGCAUCGAACGCGGCGAGGCCACCCCGAGCGACCUCAGCUCCCUGUUCAGCACGAACUCGGUGGAUCUGCAGGAAUUCAUUGCGGAUUUUCGCCUCGCCAAAGAGGAGCGCUACGGCGGCAGCGUUGACCAUCCCGCCAUCACAUUGGACGAGCUCGCCUGCAUCAUUGAGUGUAACAGCUUCCCUUGCGCCGACGCGGAGGUGCUGCUGGACUUGUUUGAUGAGCUGCAGCCGUGCGCCCGGUACCUCGCGGGUGUGCGGAGCCCCACUCGCUCCCCGCCAGCGGUGCCAGCCACUCUGAAGCGGAACAGCUCACCCCAGUCGCUGCAUAGAGGCCUGGGCCCCCGAAGUAUGAGCCCUAUCUCCCUCUUCAACGGCACCGUCACUGCCACAGCCGCGGCGGAAAGCGUUGCCACCGGCAAAGUGUGCGGAGUCGGCGCCGCUAGCAGCUCUGCCGUUGCGGCAAUGUGCAACAACGGCCACGCGACCGGGCCAGCGUGGCCUCCGGGGCGGGUGCAAGGCGCCGAGUCGUGUGUGACCGCUGCACACCCACCCAUCAGCGUCGCUGCGAAAGACAUGAGCCACAGGCCCGAGCGCUUCGCCGACGGGGCGCAGUACAAGGGUUGCGUUACAAUUAAUGGACGCGCAGACUCCAAGGAUGGCAAGGUCCUCGUGAUAGGCAGUCGUAUUGCAGACGGGGCCCCGCUCGAGUCGUCCAGCGAGGGUGGAAGCUAUAACCCCUACAGCCGCUGCACCUCUGACGCCUUCGCCAGUGCCUCAACUCUCCAGCGACCGCAGGGUAUGUCGCAGCACCCCUACUCAGACGGCGCGGACGGCGAAGAAGUGCCGACGGUCCCCUUCGACACCCUUCUUGCGCGCAUGGCCUACAAGAUCCAGGGUCGGUACCCGUCCGAGGCGAUUCGCAUCGCCUUCUACGGUAUGGUGGUGGAUGAAGAGUCGGCAGCCGCUGCCUUGGAGAGCAGUGGGCGCAGUGCCGGGCUUGGCGUCGACUGCGCAGCGCUUGUGACCAACGGACGAGGUUUGCACGGCGUCGUCUCGACAGACUCCCUCACGCCAUCAGAGACGACUGUGAUGGGCAGCAGCAGUGCUGGAUUGGCGACGACGGGCUACGGCACUCUACCAAGCUGCAGUGUCUCUCUCUCACGCUGCAUCGCGGAAGGGCUGUUUGCGCGACUGGGCAUGGUCGAUGUGACGGCAGGCGAGGUGCAGCGUGGCCUCCGCAGUGUCGGGCUUCCAACAGGCCACGACGAACAACGUGUGUACGAGUGCCACCUGGAGGACUUCGCGCGACUGGUCUGCGCCAUCACGGCCGUCUCCGAGCGUGGGUGCAGCGCGAGCCCGGCGAACCCCAGUCUCACGAGUCUGCGCGAGAGCUACGUGCAGCGCGGCAGCAGCAGCAACUUCACGGUAUGCAACAACAACAGCAGCGGCGGCACCGUUCUCGCCGCACCAGCUCCAUGGAAGGAGUAG